UAUUGGUGCUGUGUGGUUGAGACGACGACAAGCGCUGCGAGCCCGACAGAAGAAGCGACGACAGCGACGACUGCGACGACGACGACGUUGAUUCGUAAUGUGUGUGUGUGUGUCUGUGUGUGUGUGUACGUGUGUGAAUUAGCAGUGAAAAGGCUAAACUAGGUGUGCGAGUGUGUGCAUAUGACAAGGCAGAAACGAAAUAAAAACAAUAACAAAAAAUAAGUCAAUGAGUGUGGGACUGCAGCGAAACACUCGCGAGUCGCAUUCACAUUCAAGCGAGUUUAUUCAAACAUUUAUUUGCCGUCUCGUUUGACAAAUUAAAAUGCAUAAAUUAUGAAUGAAAGUAGCGUUACGUGCGUGUCAACUAAUAAUUUGUUAUUAUUCUAAUGCACGUGGCCAGAGCUCGAAAUACUUCGCACCCUGUGUAACUUCAACUCAAACUGGCGAGACAAGGCCGUGAACCGCGCCUUCCGCCUUCUCGCAUAAGCCAAAUAAACAACAAAAAAUAUGCCAAUUGCCAGCAGCAACAACAAUAGAAACAACAACAAGCGCAGCAGCUCAGAGGCAAAGCUGCCUUUUCAUUGCCAACAUCGUUCACUUCCUGGCCACAAAGCAUAUUAAGACCCAGAGCGGCAAAGGAAAAUUUUAAUAGUUGCAACUGGCACAAAACAAAGUCUGUUGCAAUACAAAUGUUGUUGGAAAUUUGGAAACUGUAAUUUUUUUGAUGCUUCAAUUAAUUUAACCACACAAAUUGGAAGAAGCAGCAGAAGAGAAGCAACAAUAACAACAACAGCGAGAGAAGACAAACUGUAAUGGGAAAGGAAGCAAAGACAAACGCGCGCAAAUAACAGACAAACACAAAUUGCUGAACAAACACUGGCAGGACGCACGACAUGUAAAUGUAACUGCGAGCACAUUCAUGUACGUGUGUAAAGGUGUGUGUGUAGAGCGCAUAAUAAGAAGAGCAAAUAGCAAGAAGCGCGUGGAAAAUAAAAAUAAAUAGCAAACGACAAAACGCAUACCACAACCCAAAGGAGAAAGGCUAAAGAAGAAAGUAGGGGAAGCGGAAGUGGUGGAUAGAGAAGGAAAGGAGGACAUCGGAUCCUGGUGGGUGACGCGUUCCCUCGUUGGCGGUCAAGGGAAAUUUAUUGCAUUGCGCAAAUGAGACAACAACAAGACGAGCAGCCAAACUAAAACGCAAAGCAAACAGCAGUAAAAGCAGUCAAAGGAGAACAAAAUGGAAUAAGUAGAAGCAACAAAAAAAAAAAAAAAGAAAAAAAAUACGCUACGUACCCCAAAUUGUAGCUAAAGAAAAAUAACCGAAAAAUUCCGCAACAAAUUGAAAAAUUAAAGUUUUACCAGCGCCAAGCCAAGCUAACGAAACCGACGAAAGAAAAACUUGGCCAAGAAAAAGCGCCAAAAGUGUUACAAACAGCCACCAGAAGAGAAACCCAGCCAGACGGAGCAAAGGGAGGGAGGAAGACGCAACGGAACACAUUAAUGCUACAAAAUGGGUGCAACUUUGAAUAGACGACGACGUGGCCGUUGCCUGCAACUGAGCGCCUGCUGCUCCUGCUCCUGCUCCUCCACAUCCUUCACAUUCAGCCGCCUGCUAGUGCUGGCUCUGACGCUGGCCGCCCUGCUCUGCAGCGUGGAGAGCCUGACUAUGACUGAGAUACGUAUCCCGAAGCAUAUUAUGCGGCAUGAGGACGCCGUAUUGGGCUGCAAAUUUGACCUGGAUGGCGAAUCGCUGUACUCGGUGAAGUGGUACAAGGAUGGCUUCGAGUUCUAUCGCUAUGUGCCACGUGACAUGCCGCCUGGACAGGUGUUUCCGCUGCCCGGCGUCGAUGUGGAGUUGCAAAACUCGACGGACAUUGCCGUUGUCCUGCGCUCGGUCAGCCUACAGUCGACGGGCCGCUAUCGGUGCGAAGUGUCCGGCGAGGCGCCUUCGUUCCAGACAGUUUCCGGUCACGAGGACAUGAUUGUUGUGGUCACACCCAAGCAUGGACCACAAAUCACCGGCGGUCAGCCCCGAUACCAAAUUGGCGAUAUGGUGCGCGUCAAUUGCACUUCGGCGCCAUCGAAGCCCGUCUGCCAUCUCGGCUGGCUGAUUAACGGCAUGCACGCGAACCGCUCGCUGUUGCGUCCCUACGAGCCGCUGUCGGUGGGCCGGGAGGGUCUCGAGGUGGCGCGCCUCGGCCUGGAGUUUCGUGUUCGCGGAUGACACUUCAAGCACGGCGACAUGAAGUUGAAGUGUGUCGCCAAAAUCAGCUCCGUCUACUGGCAGAGCAACGAGGAGAGCGUCGAGAGUGAUAAGCAUCAGCGGAUACCCGUGUUGGAGUCCAGGGAGACAGUGCGCCAGCUGGACAAAUCACUGGAAGACAAGCAGCUCAAGAAGAGUCGUCGUCCUGCGGCGGCCACGUCUGCCGCCGCCGCCGCAGCGGCUUCAUCGGGCGCUAGGAUAUUAGCGUCCAAAUCCAUGGCACGCAUUUCGCUAUACGCGCUGCCAGUCUUAAUAGCAUUUCUGUGUAAUGCUGCCGCCGCCGGUUUGUGUGUUAUGCCCACGUCCACGUCCACGCCCACGCCCACGCCCAGGAGGAGUAACAAGCCGAGGAGCAGCUGCUGUCGACAUGACCGCCGCCCGUUGGCCCAAUUAAGCACAUCCACGCCGUGCAGAUAACAAUUAACGAAGAUGUAUGACACCACCAGCCCCCAUUCAGGCCCGACCCUAGAGCUAUGCCAAACUCAUUAAAUCUGUGUAAAUAUUUCAACUACGUAAAUGCACAAAGCCGAUAAACAGAAAACGUGAAAGCACAAAAUACGCACAUCAAGUAUACGCCGCAUUUGCCGGGCGGCAAAUCAAAUUCUGUAGCUGCUUAGCUACUGUACAUACAAUGAGACAGACAUACGUAUUUUCCAAAAAUUAUAAAUGAUAUUUUAGGAAGGGAUACGGAGGGGGUACGGCGUGCAGAUCGUUGUUCCUUGCUUGCUUUUAGGAAAGGGAAGAAUUUGCUCAAAGUUGUUACCAAAAAUACGAAAAAUUAAACAGAAAUCAAGAUAUGCAAGUACUUAACUAGCCAAAUCUGUACAAGCGUAGUUUUUAAGUAUCCUGUUAAUGCAAAUCAGAAAAUCGAAAAAUAUAUAGCUAAAGUUAAGAUUAAAUUAACUGCAAAUAGAGUCUUCAAUAUUGAUGCUUAACAUAAAUCAAAAACACUUUUCGUGUACAAUUAAAAGCUACAUAAAAUACAUGGGUAAAUUUAAUUGUUGCAACUACCGAUAAGUACAUGAAAAAUUAAAUUAGAUUGAAAAAUAGCAAAGCUGAUAUGCUUGAGAUUGAUAAGCGAAGAUCCAAUGCAAUUUUUAGGCAAUUUACGAAUUUUAAUUAACCUUGAAAAGCCAGCAAAAAAUGCAGAGACACCCAAGAGUCGAGCUAUAGCUCGGAGGCGCCACUGUAAAUUUCUACAGAGUAGGCUAAUCAAAUUGUAGGCACACAUUGUACAGUUAUUUCUUCUUUCUCUAUGCAAUAUUUAACUGCUGAAGGCACACCUAAACACACACGCAUAUGGAACACGUAAAUGUGCAUAUCUUGAGAAAAUUAUCCAUGGAAUUCUGCAUGCGUAUUUGUUGAAUGUCUAGGUCUAAGAAAUAAUAAUAUGCAAAAUAUUUAACUGCAAUAUAUUAAGUACAUAUUUAUGUUUAGCUGUGUAAAGUAAUAUGUAAUAAUGAAUGUUAUUAAGUCUUUAAAUAAAACCGCAUUGAAAAUCGAA